UGCCAGAGGCCCAUGGGGUAAGGUCUUCAGGGGGCUGGAAGAAAAACCGUCUGCCUUGAAUUCCCUUCCUAGUGAAAUCCUCUUCCAAGAACGAUGGUAAAAUGCAUUUUACAUCUUGAAACACCAACAAAACAACCUGGAUCCUCCAGAAUUCUAUAUUCAUUGAAGGUAUUCCUUAAGAAGGAAGGUAAAACGCGACAUUUCCAGGUAACAGAACGAUCCCAGCUUCUAAUCGAGGCUUGGGGGUUCUGGGUAUUCUGGCUCCAGCCAGGAGCCGGCCAGGAACCCACGCAGGGUCACCUCAGUAAGCAGGAGAUGCUCGUAGUGCCUGGUCACUUAAGAAAUGAGAGGGGUUUCGGGCAUUCUGUCCCAGGAACGGGGGUGUGGAGAACCAAUAUUUAUAUUUCUUAUUUCACCAACAGUAGUGAGAACGUAACAACAUUUGAGCAGCACGGUUCAUGAGGUCGUGGAUUUGUUGUUCUCAGUGACCUGAGCACACACGUUCCAAAUACUGACAAAAACUUGAUCGUGUGCUGGACAUAAUAAAGUCUAGCAGCCUCAACGCGUUUCUGGAAAUUGGGAGCACCCCAGAACACAUUUUGUGACCACAGUAUCCUCAACAACAAAAAGAAAACUAGAAAAACUCCGUACACUGGACACUUGGAAAACACUCCUGAAAUCUUGAGUCAAAGAAGAAAUUAUAAGGCGAACCAGAAACGUUGAGAACCAAAAAUAAUAAGGUAAAUAGCCUUAUUUCAGAAUUCUUGGGGCACCUGAAACAGCAGUGUGAGGGGAAGUGACAGCUUCGUAGCAUUGCCACCCAAAUAAAGUGGAAGAAAUGAAAUACGGAUAGGAACAAAAAUUCACGCAUUAGAACACAGACGUGUGGUAAUAUCCACAAAGACAGAUGUUGGUAAUUAAAAAGAGUAAUAAAUAAAACAGACAAAUUCCCCGGCAAGAUUAAUUUUAAAAAAUAAGGGGGGGAGCUAGCUGGGUGGCUCAGUCGGUUAAGCAUCCGACUCUUGAUCUCAGCUCAGGUCUCCAUCUAAGGGUAAUGAGUUCAAGCCCCACGUUGGGCAUGGAGCCUGCUUAAAAUAGAAUAAAAGAGGUGCCGGCCGCCGCUGCUGUCGCGCCACAACCCAGCCACCGUCGCCGUCGCUCGUCGUCUCGCGCAGGGCAGCCCGGGUUCUGGUGUCUGGCGGCGAAUUAAAUAGCCACCAUGUCAAGCAAAAAGGCAAAGACCAAGACCACCAAGAAGCGCCCCCAGCGCGCAACAUCCAAUGUAUUCGCCAUGUUUGACCAGUCGCAGAUUCAGGAGUUCAAAGAGGCCUUCAACGUGAUUGAUCAGAACAGAGAUGGUUUCAUUGACAAGGGGGAUUUGCAUGAUAUGCUUGCUUCUCUAGGGAAGAAUCCAACCGAUGCAUACCUUGAGGUCAUGAUGAAUGAGGCUCCGGGGCCCAUAAAUUUCACCAUGUUCCUCACAAUGUUUGGUGAGAAGUUAAAUGGCACAGAUCCAGAAGAUGUCAUCAGAAACGCUUUUGCUUGCUUUGAUGAAGAAGCACCUGGCACCAUCCAGGAAGAUUACUUGAGAGAGCUGCUGACAACCUUGGGAGAUCGGUUUACAGACGAGGAAGUGGAUGAGCUGAACAGAGAAGCGCCUGUCGACAAAAAGGGAAAUUUCAAUUAUAUUGAGUUCACGCGCAUCCUUAAACAUGGAGCAAAAGACAAAGAUGAUUGAAAGAACUUUAGCUAAAACCUUCCAAUUGCUUUGCCUUACUCCGUUUUAUUUCCCAGACACUUUCCCCCACCCUCAUAGACCUGUUGCAUGCAACUUAGUUUCACAGCUUGGCCUCUUUUUUUGAUGUAUUUAUUCUAGACCUUUCUGCCACUUAGCACUUGUAUAAUCAAACUGCAAAUGGGGUUGAGGUGGUAAAUUGUGCUGAAAAAGAGAUUGGGAAUAAAAAUCAACAAAUGUGAAAGCCCAGGAAAAUACAUCCGGUAUUUCUGGUUUUGCUGGAUUUUUACACUUUUAUAUAAUAAAAACACUAUUUUGAAAUAAAAAAA